AAAAAAAUAUUUACUAAUACAAAAUGAAUUCAAUUCGUAAUAUUCUUAAAAUUUCUAAGAAUAAUUUAAAUGUAAUGAAUGUUGCCAGAAUGAGUUCAGAUAAAGGUGGAAAAGCUGGUGCAAUCCGUGAAGCCGGUGGUGCAUUUGGAAAAAUGGAAGCUGCUCGUGAAGAUGAAUUUUUCUAUAAACAACAAAAACAACAAUUGGCCCAAUUAAAGAACGAAUUAAACAACGAAAUUGGUUUCCAUGAGGAACAAAUUAAACAACAUCAAGAAGCCAUCAAAAGACACAAGGAUCGUGUACAAAAAUUAGAUUCCUAAAUCAAUUUGCUGCCGUGAAAAUUUUUGUUGAUACGGUUUUUUGUAUGGGAUACAUGAUUGGUUUGGUAAAAUGAAUUAAAAGUUAUUAAUUUCUGCGGCAAAAUUUCACCUUAGCUUAUCUAAUACAACUGUGUAACACAGUAUAUAAUGUAGUACUUUGUUAACAUAAUAUAUUAACGUUUUUUUUCGUAAAUAAAA